AUGUCUAUGGCAGAAAUCACUGCUGACUCGGCACAGGACCUUAUUUACAGUCUGCCAAGCAGUAGUGCAGUUAGUGCAACCACUCAGAUCCCUCUUCAGGCUGUUACAGCGCAAAGCAGUAUUGUAGUUAGUGCGACCACUAAGAUCCCUGUUCAGAAUAUUUCAGGUUGUGGUGUUGGAGGUCCUUCAGUAUCAAGUAGAAUAGUAGGAGGAACAGCAGCAGCUCUGGGUGCAUGGCCGUGGCAGGCCAGCCUGAGACUGAACGGCAGACAUGUUUGUGGAGCCUCACUGAUCAGCAAUACCUGGCUUGUGACUGCUGCUCACUGCUUUAGUUCGAGUAAUAAUGUGAAUUCAUGGACAGUCGUCUUAGGAACAGUAUCUUUAAGUAGUGGAUAUGGGUUACAGCUCCAAAAUAUCAUUAUUAAUGAGAACUAUUCCAGUAAUACACACAUAAAUGACAUUGCACUUCUUCAGUUGUCAAAUCCGGUAAACUUUGCAUUGUAUGUCCAGCCAGUAUGCCUGCCAGAUGCAUCCGACAUCUUUCCUGACAACUUCUCAUGUUAUGUUACUGGAUGGGGAACGCUGACAGAUGGAGGGAGUUUAUCAACAGUUCUACAACAGGCUGAAUUGAAGAUAAUUAACACAUCAUUAUGCAGCAGUGCCCAAAUCUAUGGGUCUUUAAUAAAGCAAUCAAUGAUAUGUGCUGGUUAUAUAUCAGGAAGAAUAGAUUCAUGUCAGGGAGACUCAGGAGGUCCUUUGGUUGCAUUACAGUCUAAUAAUAGAUGGGCACUUAUCGGAAUUGUUAGUUUUGGCUAUGGAUGUGCCUUACCAAACAAGCCUGGUGUCUAUUCCAGUGUCACUUACCUGCGUAGCUGGAUUACACAGAAAUCUGGACUGUAAAUCCACCACUACCAAGAUGAAUUGGACUAAUUUCCUACUGACACCAUCUAUCAGUAGCAAGUUCCUUAUAUGUUUGCCAAGAACAGCAAUAUUUGCCAUUUCGGGUAUUUCUGGACACCUAGUUACCAACUAUCAGUGAGUAUAUUUACUAAGGUGCAGGUUUAUAGAAGUGGAGAUGUUGCCCAUAGCAGCCAAUCAUAUUCUAGCUAAAUUAUCUUCUGGAAGAUGAGGUAAGUAGAAUCUGAUUAAUUGCUAUUGGCAACAUCUCUUCUUCUAUAUACUCACACUUUAGUAAUUUUACCCUAAGGGUCAAUGAAAAAGCUGAUAGUGCAAUAAAGUCAUGUAGUUGUUUUUCAUGGGUUAAUAGGGAGCUGGAACGACAUCUAAUAAUUCAUCAAUAGCAUAAAAAUUGCUUUCCAAUAAAAUAAAUAUUUUGUGAUUUUUUUUAUUUUUUUUAUUUUGAUAUAAAUUUUGCUCUGAACAUGGAAAUCUCUGAAUCCAUUUCAGGUCUCUAAAUGACCAUUCAUCUCUUGCUGCAUGUACAUUCAAUUCAU